AUGGAGCCCAGCGGGUGGCUGCCCGGCCCCCCUGCCGGCCCCGCACGUCUGGAGGACGCCCGCAACCUGGUGGCCUUCUCGGCGGUGGCCGAAGCGGUGUCCUCCUACCGGCUGCCCGCCCCAGCUUCGCCCUCGCUACUCUACAAGAAGUUUGACACCGAGAUGAGCCGGGGGGGGCUGGCGCCGCGGGACGGCGUGCCAAGGGGGGAGGACCUGCACGCCCUCAAGGCCGCCCUCGCCCUGGCCAAACACGGCAUGAAGCCCCCCAACUGCAACUGCGACGGCCCCGAGUGCCCUGACUACCUGGAGUGGCUGGAGCAGAAGAUCCAGGUGGCCUUGGGAGAGGCCCCGCUGCCCCACGCCCCGCCGCCCCCCGACAAAGGUGCUAUCGCUCCCCCCGCGGUGCUGGAGGCCGCCGAGCCGUGCCCGUCGGACGGCCUCCCCUUUUCCCAAAGUGCACUGAAUAUUGCCAAGGAGAAGAACAUCAGCCUGCAGACGGCCAUCGCCAUCGAGGCGCUGACGCAGCUCUCAGCCACGCUCCCUCAACCCGGUGCUGAUGGGCCACCCCGGCCCCCUGCCCCCCCGGAGCCAUCCAUUGACGUGGUGCCUCCGUCUGGGACCACUGACCCUAUGGCGGAGCUGGAGCAGCUCCUGGGCAGCACCGAAUACAUCGCUGUGGCCUUCAAGCGGCCCGAGGCUGGCAGAGCCCCCCCUGCAGCAGCCCCAAAGCCCCCGGAUCGGACGCCGGGCAAGGAGACGGCAAGCAGCCCCCACGUGCUGCAGGAGCCCGACCUGCACAGGAAGACACAGAUGGUCCUGCAGCAGCACCUGCACCACAAGCGCAGCCUUUUCCUCGAGCAGAGCCUCUCCGCGACCCCCCCGGAGCGCCCACCUGGCUGGUGGACCCCCAGCACGCCCAAGACCUUUGAGAAGCAGGCCAAGGAGAAGAAGAAAAGGAUGCAGCCAGACAAGCCAGCCCGCAAGCAGGUGCAGAUCAAGAAGCCCAAGCAGAAGGAUUCACAGCCGCUCUUCCUGCCCUUCUGGCAGAUCAGCCUGGAGGGACUGCGGACCCCCGCCGAGCCCCCCGCCACAGCGCCGCAGCCCGAGCCCCCACCGCCCACCCCGUGCCCACCCACUGCUUCCGACUCUCAGGAAAGGGGAACCCCUGGGGGGGACACCCACAGCCACCCGCUGGCGCCAGGCCCGGAGGGGGCGCCGCCCGCCAUGGUGGACGACAAGCUGGAGGAGCUUAUCCGGCAGUUCGAGGCCGAGUUCGGGGACACCUUCAGCCUGCCGCCCACCGGGACCACCGCGCUGCCAGAGGGGCAGCUGCCAGCCCCGCAGGUGCCCCCCACCACCGCCAGCACCGCCGCUGUGGCCCCCAGCAGUGCUGGCCCUGGGGGAUCCGCACUGUCUCCGGAGAAGGGACCUCCCCCAGAGCACCUCUUCUCCGUGCGCUCGCCCAAGCAGAUCAAAAUCGAGUCCUCUGGUGCUAUCACCGUGGUGUCCACCACGUGCUUUUACUCUGAGGAGAGCCAGAACGCCGAUGAGGCGGAGGGGACGCCCACCAAGGAUGAGGUGCCGCUGACCCCCACCCUCAGCGGGUUCCUGGAGUCGCCUCUCAAAUACCUGGACACGCCGACCAAGAGCCUGCUGGACACCCCCGCCAAGCGUGCGCAGGCCGAGUUCCCCACCUGUGACUGUGUGGAGCAAAUCGUGGAGAAGGACGAGGGGCCGUACUACACCCACCUGGGCUCGGGGCCCACCGUGGCAUCCAUCCGGGAGCUGAUGGAGGAGCGGUACGGCGAGAAGGGCAAAGCCAUCCGCAUCGAGAAGGUCAUCUACACUGGGAAGGAGGGGAAGAGCUCCCGGGGCUGCCCCAUCGCCAAGUGGGUGAUCCGGAGACACAACCAAGAGGAGAAGCUGCUAUGCCUGGUGCGUCACCGAGCUGGCCACCACUGCCAGAAUGCUGUCAUCAUCAUCCUGAUCCUGGCCUGGGAGGGCAUCCCCCGCACGCUGGGCGACACGCUGUACCAGGAGCUCACUGACACCCUCACCAAGUACGGCAACCCCACCAGCCGCCGCUGCGGCUUAAAUGACGACCGGACUUGUGCGUGCCAAGGCAAGGACCCCAACACCUGCGGCGCUUCCUUCUCCUUCGGCUGCUCUUGGAGCAUGUAUUUUAAUGGCUGCAAAUAUGCUCGAAGCAAAACUCCACGGAAGUUCAGGCUGGUGGGGGACAAUCCCAAGGAGGAAGAGCUGCUCCGGAAAAGCUUUCAGGACUUGGCCACUGAGGUUGCUCCGCUUUACAAGAGGCUGGCACCACAGGCCUACCAGAAUCAGGUUACCAACGAGGAUAUCGCAAUAGACUGCCGGCUGGGCUUGAAGGAGGGGAGGCCAUUUUCAGGGGUGACAGCAUGCAUGGACUUCUGUGCUCAUGCUCACAAAGAUCAGCAUAACCUCUACAAUGGCUGCACAGUGGUCUGCACGCUGACAAAGGAAGACAAUCGCGUGGUGGGGAAGAUUCCCGAAGAUGAGCAGCUGCACGUCCUCCCCCUCUACAAGAUGUCCAGCACGGAUGAGUUUGGCAGCGAGGAGAACCAAAACGCGAAGGUGGGCAGCGGGGCCAUCCAGGUGCUCACAUCCUUCCCCCGCGAGGUGCGUAAGCUGCCUGAACCCGCCAAGUCCUGUCGGCAGAGACAGCUGGAGGCAAAGAAAGCCGCAGCGGAGAAGAAGAAACUGCAGAAGGAGAAGCUGAUGACGCCAGAGAAGAUCAAGCAGGAAGCGCUCGAACUUCCUACACUCCAACAAAAUGCAGGUAUGGCGUUGAAAAGUGGGCUCUCCCCACAGCCGCUGAAACCUUCCAUCAAAGUGGAGCCGCAGAGCCAUUACAACGCCUUCAAGUACAACGGCAAUGCGGUGGUGGAGAGCUACUCGGUGCUGGGCAGCUGCCGGCCCUCCGAUCCUUACAGCAUGAACAGUGUUUACUCUUACCAUUCCUACUAUGCACAGCCCAAUCUGCCUUCCGUGAACGGGUUUCAUUCCAAGUUCACACUGCCCUCCUUUGGGUAUUACGGUUUUUCCAACAACCACGUGUUCCCCUCGCAGUUUCUGAAUUACGGGGUGCCCGAGAGGGGCGAGAGCUGGGUGAGCAACAGCUACGAGAAGAAGCCCAACAUUCAGGUGCUGCAGGAGAACCUCAACCAUACCUACAGGAACACAGAUUUCCCCGAGCCCAUCCCACACAGCGUCCGGAGCAAAAACCAUCACCAGCGCACCUACGAGCGGGCCAGCCGCUAUGCCAGCCAGCAGAAGACGGCUGCGGCCGGGGUGCACAGGACUAGCACAGGCUCGGAGGAGGCAUCGCCGUUUGCACAGAACUGUUUUGGCAGCAGGGCCAUCAAGCAGGAGCCCCCGGACCCUCCGCCCAGCAUCGAGCCCCUGAGCAACCCUGCGGCAGCCGUGCCCGGCACCGGCCUGGCUCUACCCGCUGUCCCCGUACCGGAGCAGCAGUGGAGUCCUUACAAAACGUCGUCCCGAGGUUCGUCUUCCCCCGAGCGGACUAGUGCGGCUGAGAGCUCGUGGAGCAGCCUGGUGCCAGGCGCCGGAGGACGGGAGAAGCUGAGCGCCUUCGAUGCUGCCGUGCGCCUGCCGCUGCCGGAGAAGCAGUGGCCCAAUGUCCUGGCAGAAGAAGCGUCGUCGUCGUGCAGUUCCAGCUUGCUGCCGAAGCCGUGGAGCCCUUGCAAGCUGGGGGAGACGGUGCUGGGCGGUGCGGGUACCCCGACCCUGCGGGACAAGGGCUGGGAAUUGGGACCGCUGGGCUUCGGCUCGGCCCUGCCGGAGCUGCCUGUCUUCUCUGAAGAGCCGUGGGGUUCUGGCAAAGCGGAGGAGCGGAGGACGCCGGCACCCACGGCGGGGCUGCCUGAAAAGCCAUGGGAGGCAGCGGUGCGUGAGAAGGGGGCAGCAGGGGUCCGUCAGGAGAAGCCGUGGGAUCCUUUUGGGCUGGAGGAGGGCAUCGAGGAGGCGUCGGUGAAGGCGGUGAAGGAGGAAGAGGAGGAGGAGGAAGAAGAGGAAGAGGAGGAGUGGUCAGACAGCGAGCACAACUUCCUGGACGAGAACAUCGGCGGCGUGGCCGUGGCGCCCGCGCACGGCUCCAUCCUCAUCGAGUGCGCCCGCCGCGAGCUGCACGCCACCACCCCGCUGAAGAAACCCAACCGCUGCCACCCCACCCGCAUCUCCCUGGUCUUCUACCAACACAAGAACUUGAACCAGCCCAACCACGGCCUGGCGCUGUGGGAGGCCAAGAUGAAGCAGCUGGCGGAGCGCGCCCGCGCACGGCAGGAGGAGGCGGCGCGCCUGGGGCUGCAGCAGGACGCCAAGGCCUUCGCCAAGAAGCGCAAGUGGGGCGGCGCGCUGGCGGCCGAGGCGGCCACCAAGGAGCGGAGGAACGCGGUCCCCACGCGGCAGGCGGUGGCCAUCCCCACCAACUCUGCCAUCACUGUGUCCUCCUACGCGUACACCAAGGUGACGGGGCCCUACAGCCGCUGGGUCUGAGGCGGAGGCGGCCGCCGCAGCCCUUCUUACCUCAAAGUCGGCAGCACUGGAGUCCCGGUGCUGCUUCGUGGUGCUUUCUCCUCGGGCAUGGGGGAGAAGAAAAAAAAAAAAAAAAAAAAAA